AGUGUUAUGAGUUGCUCGCGGGGGUGAAGAUGAACAGGUUGAUUUUGCCGGUGCUGUUUGCGGUUUUCUGUCAGGUACAUGCAGUGCCUUUGCACACUGAGGAAGAUGAGUAUCUUUUCAAAUCAUGGAUGUCUCAGUAUAAUAAAAAAUAUGAGAUAAAUGAAUAUUACCAGCGGCUGCAGAUAUUCCUGGAAAACAAGAAGAAGAUUGAGCACCAUAAUGCUGGAAACCACCAAUUUUCAAUGGGACUGAACCAGUUUUCAGACAUGACCUUUGCUGAAUUUAAGAAGUCCUACCUCCUGACAGAGCCUCAGAACUGCUCAGCCACUAGAGGGAAUCAUCUGAGCAGUAAUGGUCCUUAUCCUGAUAUGAUUGACUGGAGAACCAAAGGACACUAUGUAACUGAUGUCAAGAAUCAGGGACCUUGCGGUAGCUGCUGGACUUUCUCCACCACAGGCUGUCUAGAGUCCGUCACUGCUAUUGCCACAGGGAAACUCCUACAACUAGCAGAGCAGCAGCUUGUAGACUGCGCAGGUGCUUUCAACAAUCAUGGCUGCAACGGUGGCCUCCCAAGUCAAGCCUUUGAGUACAUCAUGUACAACAAAGGUCUCAUGACUGAAGACGAUUACCCCUAUACGGCUAGGGAUGGUGAAUGCAGAUUCAAACCACAGCUGGCUGCUGCUUUUGUGAAGGAUGUUGUAAACAUCACAAAGUAUGAUGAAAUGGGCAUGGUGGAUGCUGUGGCCAGGUUGAACCCUGUCAGCUUUGCAUAUGAGGUUUCAAGUGAUUUCAUGCACUACAAAGAUGGAAUAUAUACCAGCACCAAGUGUCACAACACUACUGACAUGGUGAACCAUGCAGUGCUUGCUGUGGGUUAUGCUCAGGAGAACGGAACUCCGUACUGGAUAGUGAAGAACUCCUGGGGAACCAACUGGGGAAUUAAAGGAUAUUUCUACAUUGAGAGGGGAAAGAACAUGUGUGGACUUGCUGCUUGCUCAUCCUACCCUUUACCUUUGGUGUAAAUAACUGAAAAUUAUUUACUUUUACCACAAAAAGGGAGAUGAGUAAUUAUAUUUACGUCUCACACAGAAUAAUUGUAUGCACAAUGGACAACGUCUUCAAUGAUGAGACAUAAUAGUCUGUAUCAGCUACCAGUAAAUCAAUAAUUAUGUUUUCAUUCAUUUAAAACAUUCACUGACACUCCAUUAGCUAUUAAUGUGCCUGAAGUUGAUUACUUUGUAAUGGUCAAAAUUAUUGUACUGAAAUAAAUAUUUUCUCAGGGA